CUGUUAUUACGCUGCCCGUGAUGCCCAAGAGGGGGAAACAGCGGCCCCGGGACCCCGAGGAGAGUGGGGAUGAGGAGAGUGGGAGUUCUGCCGGUCCACCCAGCCUCUUGGGCCCUCCCCCCAUAGCCAACGGGAAGAUUGGUGGCCCUGAUCCAGGUUUUCACAGAGGCUCUCAGGGUUUAAGGGAACCAGAAAUUCCACCACUCCUGAGCCUCCCACUUCCUUUCUGGGGAGGAUGCCCAAUGAGAGGGGGUCCAGGGCCCAGGCCUCGACCAUACCUACAUAGCCGUUGGGGCUAUGAAGACCCAGAACCUAGGUGGGGAACAGGUUAUGGGGACCAUGCCAGAAAUGGUCCUCCCAAUGGAUGGAGAAACCUUGGAGGGGGCAAUAGUCACCAUCCAUCUAAGAACAUCCCCUGGCCUAAGAACACCCCUCAAUUCAAAGAUGGAGUCCAAGAAGGUGAUAGAACAGAUAAAUCUAACCGUCCAGUCUGCAGACACUUCUCAAAGGGCCACUGCCGUUAUGAGGAUCUUUGUGCCUUCUACCACCCAGGGGUGAAUGGACCUCCAUUGUAAAACAGUGCCUUCCACCAAUUAGGCUUCAGUGGACUUUUUCUCUCCUGGAAGAUAAAUGCCCUGUUGUUCUUUGUUGGCUUCUCUGAGGUGUUUCUGGCCAAGAAAGCAGUCUGAGCCUGACCCUCUCCUUUCCCUAUCUGGGGUCUAGGAGGAUGGGUGAGAGAAAGGAAUGGCCAAGGAAGUUUUUUUAAAAAAAUAAUGUUUUAUUAAUAUUUUUGGUUUCUACACCAGUCACUUCCUAAUAACACCCUCCCCCAACCCUGUCUUAUAACAAAGAAAAUCACUUAACACAAAUUAUCAAAUGGACCACAUCUCACAAUGUAUGCAACAUUCCACAUUAGUAGUGGUCUGAGAGGUUUUCUAAUCAUUGAUCUGCAUCAUCUGCCUUUUUCUCUUUGGGAAUGGAGGGAGGGUGGGUAGAGUGUUGUAAUUGCAAUGCUGUAUCUCUUUACUCUUAACCCAUGAGUGACUUUCCCCUGGUAAGUUGUAAUAGAAAUCUAAUUGGUGCUGUUCACCCAGAAUUUACCCCUUUCAAGUAUUACUUGUGGUUCUUGUGAGCUUAUAUAGUUUUGAAAAAGGACACCAUCUUGACAGGAAUUUUUAUCUGUUAAUGGUGCCCUUUCAACUCCUUCCUCACUUUCUGCAAUUGUAGGUGUGAGAAACGCCCUAUAGUAAGAACUCUCUUGUUCACCUGGCUUCCCCCUUGCCCCAAGUCAUUCUGAGUGUGAAAUAGUGAAUGGUCUAUUAGUUUACUCACAACUUUUGCUUCCCUCUCUUCCCUUUCCCCUCUCUCCAGUCAGUUGGAUUCUGUGAAUCUCCACAGAUCUUGGGCAAAGAAAUUCCCUUAUCUCACUGAGUGGGGCUUAGAUGAUACUACUGCCUUUUCCUUACCUUUAUCCCAGUGUAGGUGUUCAGAAAGAGGAGGAAAUGUGGGGAAAGGCGGGGGGGAGGGACUGAGGCCAUGACUAAUUGAAGAGUCUUUGUUUUUUAGCCUUUUUUUUUUUUUAAGUAAUAAACUCAAAUGAAACAUUUUAUUUAAUCUUGUUGUUCCUGUAGUUUUUGUGUAUGAGGAACAUAAAGAGUAUUCUAGAUUAGGCUAAAAUACAAAUUCCUCUGUUAGUUUAAAUCCACAGGUUUAAACAUCUGUACUAUGGUUCUAAAUUUAAUUUUUAGGCAUAUUUCCCAUUACUUUUUAUGCACUCUUGGUUUCAUCUCACCUGACUCAUAUGGUGAAUGUUAUUUUGUUGGACAUUGUUUCCCAUUUCUAUACCUUAUCCCACCUUUACUUUUUGUCCCCUCUUGGAAUCCCUACCUCUUAAAUGCUCAGCUCAAAUGAGACAAACUACACAAAUUUUUUCCUGAACACCCCAAUUGUUGGACACCAUCCCAAUUCCUUCGUAUAUACUUACCUACAUUCAUUUUGUUUGUAUCUUAACUUUUCCCCCAUAGUAAAAUGUAAGCUCAAGGGCAGACUUGUUUUUGUCCCAGUGUGUCCUUAUUGCUGAGUAUAUUGACUUGCAUGGAGCAGGCACUUAAUAAAUUCUUGAUCUGAGUUAUAUUGAA